AACGAAGACUCACUCACUACUGUAACCAACACGAAAAUACGCACCCGCGCAAUAACUAAGUCGGCUUAUUUUUCGCAGUUCAACUUGAUUCGCAAGGGUUUUGGGUAGCAGUGGACAGCACUAGUCAAUAUUAUGCUUUCGAGCUGAUGUAAAGCAUAGUGUGUGUAUUCUUAAGUUUAAAGGCAACGCGUCCAUAUCGCACAGGCUGAGAAUUUCCCACUUUCCUGGUGAUUUAAAGCAUAAUUAAGCUUCCAGACAGGUUUUUGAUUUGCAGACUUAUACACCAACAUGGCUGAACCAUUACUAAGCUCGUGCUGUCGCUGCUAUUCGCUGCGGGCCGGAUCCUUAAUUUCAGGAAUUAUGGGCAUUUUGCUUUCAAUAAUAUCCAUCAUUGUUAUUUUCACCACCAGAGUAGAAUUCAGAACAAUUCUCAUGGAUUGGUUACCGCAGAAUGCUGUGAAAAUUAUUUUUGCUCUGAACUUGUGUAUGACCAUUCUAAUCUCUUUGCUCAUGAUUUUCGGAGUACUCAAGAAAAAUCAUUACCUAAUGAUGCCCUGGGUUAUUCUUGGAAUCAUGUUGGCGAUUGGAUUGUUAAUCAGUGUCAUAUAUACCGCGGUGGUUUAUUUCAUCGAUGGAUUUGUUCUCGGUGGCACGUUAUGGAUUAUUAUUGGUCUCUUGUCAGUUGUUAUCUACACCUACAUGUGGACCGUAGUGUACAGCCAUUUCGUUGUACAAAAAAAUGAAAAUGAACGCGGCCUUUACUCAAAGCAGCCUUACCGACGUUAAAGACUAUAGAGUUAUCUACGUGCGCAUGUAUUGCGUUUACGUACACGACAAAGAUUGAGGUAAAAUUUUGUACCCGAUAGCAAAACAAAUGGGUUGCUAGUGUGCGUGAGCUCGGGCUUAGAUAACUCUAUUCUUUUACGCGACCGGAAAUGUUCUUAUUUAUACUUCUAACAAUCUGGCCGAGUGAGCUUGCUCGAACAAAUGUGACAGAUCGAAUAGUCGUAAGUGUUAACAAACAGUAUAGAUAUUUAUUUUUGAUAUUAUUUAACUGUGGUCAAAUCGAGGAUUUUUUUAAAAUUAUUACUCUUCUUAUUGAAAAGUGCCAGCGGCAAAAUUGGGCAAAAAGUUCAUCGCCCGGAGAUCGCGAGUUAGCGCGAGC